GAACAACUCCAGCACCGUGCAAUUAAGUAUCUUCCAACAACUCGCGCUGGUCAUCAACAAUGUCAUUCCCACAAGCCAUGAUUCCCACUGCUGUCAGGCUGGAGCAUGGCGACAGGUUGCCCUCCUCGUGAGGUACAUCUCCUCGAGGGGGGUCGCUGAGCCCAUGAAUGAAUUGCUAUGUUCUCGGAGCGGGGAGAGAAUCUCACGAGCUAAAUGGCAGCUCGAGUUUGGUCAUGAUGGUGUACAAGUGUAUACUGAAUGGCCAGUCAGCCGUCUGCUACUCUGCUCUCGGUGUGGAGCUUGCUGCCUCACCACACAUCUGUCAAGUCUUGCAGGAAGCCUCUGGGGACUGUUCCGCCUGGAAUUUCGGGGUUUAGAAACAGACCAGUCAUCUCGAUUCAAUCAUGCUAUUCUAUGCAAUGUUCCACGAUUCAGAAAGAAAGUCCUACCGUAGUCACAUGAUAUCAUUAUCAUCCAACCAUCCAUGACAUGAGUUCGUGGAGAUCAGCGACGUUCAUUGUACAAAUCUGCAUAUACCCACAAAUCGGAGUAUGUAUUCCUCAAUUCUUGCAACCUGUCCUCCGUGAAGGAUUGACCCGGAUCCAUAAAGAUCUCCUGAAUGCAGGUUGCCGUCAUCCCUCUCACCCGCAAACCUCAAACAUUUCUAUAGUUGGCGACAUUGCUCAGCGGAUACAUGUCUCAUGAUGAGAAAUUAUAUUGCUGUGUAGCCGGGAGAAUUCUCCUGUACUCAAUCAUGACGUUUGUUUCUCUCCCAUCUGAUAUAUCUCCGGAUAUUCGGAUCUUGUACUACUAUCUCUGGCAACACAGACCGAUGUCUGCAUUGAUAUAAGACGGGGAUGUUCUUUUGGACACAAGUCUCUUUGACACAUUUGUUUGAUCUCAACGAAACCUUCACAAUUUCUUGCGUGGAUCCACAAUGAAAUCGUUCACCUUCUUCGCCUUCGUCAGAAGCGCAAGUGCAAUCGUCACCCGAUGGGCUCCGUGCUGCUUCCAUCUAAGUGCUGCAGGGGCAGUAACAGCCACAGUAGGGCAGCUUGAUGAUGGUCAGAACCGGAUCAAUGGACCUCUUGCUCCUGCACAAUUCUGUAUUACGGACGGUGCCAUCACAGAUGCACAUGGUCGUGGAUGCAUCAUCACUCCCGGAGUCACGCAGUAUCAAUGUGACAGUGGUGUACCGCCUGCAUCAGGGUUCAGCAUCGGUUGCGAUGGAACUGUGGCAUACAAUGGAAGCCCCACUUUCUGGGAAUGUCAGACCGGUGAUCAUGGAGAAGCAAACAUUUACAUCCGUCCCGGCGGAAUUAACUGUGGAGAGAUAACCCUGAAGGCUGAUGGCUGCUUCUCUGGUUGUCCUCCACCAGCUCCACCCACUCCACCUGCCGGCUGUCCUGCCAAUCUCAACGGACAAUGGGAAUUCCCACAUCUCAUCGUCCCCAUCGAUUCCACCACACCCACCAUACCAGCCGGCACAAGCUACUUCGGCGAAGUCUCCUCCACCAUCUCCACCAUCUACAACUUCGACAUCCCCUCCUCCGACACAGGCAAGACCUGUUCCCUAGUCUUCCUAUUCCCAACCCAAGACCAGCUCACAACCUCCUCAUUUACAUUCAGCGGAAACGGCGGCAUCACUUUCUCUCAGCUCGACGGAGUCGCUACAAAUAGCACGACAUAUGCCACCGCGCCUGGAGUCAAGACCUCGUACGGAGUGACGGUUGUGGCGCCCGGGAACGCGUACACUAUUGCUACGUUUCCGUGUCCGGCUGGCCAGGCGGUGAGCUAUGAGGUGAAGGCUGUGGGGGAUACGUAUUUGAGGGACUUUCAGGAUUAGAAUCCGUCGCCUAUUGGUGUUUAUAUCACGAAGUGCUGAAUGCCUGGACUUGGUGGGUGUUAAUCUUGGGCAGGUUACUGGUAUAGUGGUGUCGUUGGGUUGGGUAGUUUGGUUCGGAUCAUACUGUUCCUGCGUUGGGAUUCUGAAGUUUUGCUUUCGGUGUCCGGAUUGAGAAUUUAAUUGCAUUCGUUAAGAGAC